AUGGAGUUGGCAGUGGCGUUGCCUCGGUUUCGUCGCCUGUUGGCCUCGGUUUGCGAGCAGGGAGGAUGGAUGAGCUACCAGAACACGGUGACGGUGUUAAGGGAGGAUGGCGCGUGGUGGCUGGGCUGCAUUCAGGACUUCAACGAGCACAGCGUCCUGGUCCACUUCAACGCCAGCACCGUGCCGCCCGGCUGGAUCCCGGCGGGCCGGGUGUGGCCGCACUUCUCCCUCGACUCCCGGCACACUUAUCGCUGUGCGCAGCCCGGCAUGCGGGUGUACGUGACGCUGCGCGACGAAGACCACGGGCCCUUCCGCUUCCGCCCGGCCACCUGGCUCGACUCCGGCUCGGACUGCCGCAUGCACUACAUCGUCCUUGACGACGUGGACAGCGCGGGAGCGGUGGUUAUGCGCGUGGAAGCAGUUGACUUUUGCCAGGUGUCUUCGUCGCUGCCGCCCAGCGAGAUGAACCUGGCCCCGCCCACAUAUGGCGACUCGCUAACCGGUCAAGCCAAUUGGACGUGCUACGGCACGUACUACACCAAAAUGCUGUUCACGCUGCCGGGGGCGCAGCUCCUGUUGCGCGAAGCAGCCGAUGCGAGACGCAUUAUUCAGCGGCUGCGGCAGGGCAUCUUCAUGCUGGGCUACACCACCCCCGACCAGUGCCGCUUCCACCUGCACACCGCCAGCGACUGCUGCAUGGUCAUUUUCCACACCUAUGGCUUGCGUCUGAACUGUGACACGGAGCAGGAAAGUGUCGACAGGCUGCAGCGGGCGCUACAAACGCAUAUCGCCCAUUUGGCCAGCGGAGAGAGCGCCUGCAGCAGUGCGGACGACGAGCAAGUUGCGGAAGAUGUGGGCAUCCAGCAUUUACCCCACUGCAUUCUGUCGGAGGCAUUCUCCCACCUGGAGCUGCACACCCAGGCCAACGUACGCAGAGUGUGCGCCUUAUGGCAGCUUCUCACUGUCCGCCGCACGCUGGAGCACGUCACGCUGACCUUUGCCGCCUGCACCAGCAGCUACCGCAAUACGUGUGCGGAGGAAUCCUGCAGCAGCACUGGCGCUGAAUGGGAUGGCAACGAAGAGUACUGCUUCCGCGUGGCAGCCUUACUGAACCGGCACGUCACGUCCACCACGAAAAGCCUGACCGUCAGCGGCACGAACUGGUGCCGGCACAAUGCCGAAUUCCUCCUCAGCUUUCUCACCAUCCGCCACAUCCGGCUGCCCUUGAUCAUCGUCAGGGAUUUCACCAAUGACAACUUCGCCUACACGGUCCGUUCGCACCGGUUUCACUAUGCAGAAGUUAUAUACAAGCCGGCCAGCCAGCUGUGGGAGGUGUGCGAAGCCGUGCUGCUGCUCAAUGGACGCGUCAGCUGGAUCUUCCGCCAUGCGAUGGGCGGGAUAUUCCUCUCUCCUGGGUCGGAAUUGCCGCCGUUGCCGGUGCAGGAGCAAGAGCUGAUGAAUCCGUAUCUGCGGGCGGGCACGCGCCCCUUGAGUCUGUGUCUGCCGGCCAAGACCGCGCCGCUGGUGCUCAGCGUCGACGCCCUGCAGAUCGCCAUCCCCCGGGUGCGGUUGCCGUGGAGGCAGGGCUAUGAGCCCGUGCUCAGUCGGCUCAUGUGGGCCGUCAACGAGAACUGCCCGCCGGUGGCGGAGGCCGUGUACGACAAAAUGAAGGCCGUGCACGCGCGCUGGGUGCGGACGCUGGUUUAUCCGGAAGAGUGGGAGACUAUUCGCUGUUUUCUACACAUGUAUAAUGGAUUCUCUGCAGAUGGUGCCAUGCGGACGUGGACCGGCGUAGACCUGCGGGCGAUGGACGUUGGUCAGCUGAGCAAACUGGCCGUGCUGGGCCUCAGCGAAGUGUUCGGUGUGUGAUCCUCUGAUAAUGGGCUAGGAUGGUUAUUCUGAGACGGCCAAAGUGCGGCGCCGGGCAGUGUUCCCGCCCAGCGCGGUUGGAGAUGAACGCGUGGCCGGCCAACGCCACCGGCAGGACGGUUGGCUGACAUUGCGCCACGCCGACUAUGAUGUGGCUGCUCAGCACAUGAUAUCGUGCUUCACAGUUGACUGGCAGUAUCCAUCAAUGAUCAAGCUGCGAUCUCUCAACAUAUUAUCCGGAAUUCGAAAUUCCUCUAGAUAGUUUUUUAUUAUUAUUAUUCUUAGUUUUUAUUCGCUUCAGUGCAGACAUACUGCGAAACUGGCGCUCGCUGCCAGCGGAGGAGGCCCACCGCUACUGGGCGGUGCUCAGGGCUGUACUCGCACUGAGUCUGGCUCACUCAGCUGACGGCCACUGUAAUUAUAAGCAGCGGUGUGUUUUGCUUGACCGCAGCACCGACCGGUGCAGUCCCGCCUGGCAUCUGCCGCCGGAGCUGGACAACGACGACGGACCGGAGUAGGCUGUUCCGGAGGCGGAGAUGCGUCUCAGUCCGCUGACCAUCCGCUGACCAUCCGCUGACCAUCCUGGUCAUCCACAGCACUCACCUGUGGGCCAGUCAGUAAUGGUGCUAGUGCUCGCGCAACCUCUGGACUGUAUUUCACUUAUCCCAUAGUCCAUACUGUAUAUCAAUCUCGCCUUACCUUGGCAGCAUUAGGCCAUUAGCAGCGUCCCCGAGCAGGAUAGCAUUGAAGGAGUGUUUUUGCUUUAAAAUUCGUUUGUUUUAGUACUCAUUUUGUACUUACAUGUGAUACGCAUUAAAGGUCAGUUUCUCUUAGCAGCGUUCUGCUGGAUUUUGCCCGAUUGACCGGACUCAGUAGCGUUUAAUUAAAAUCGGUACAUGUACAUACGGUAUAAUUAUAUCUGUACAGCCAGACCUAUGAUAAAGUUGCUUGUC